ACAGGCAGACGGCAUCUGGAACAUCCAUGAAGUGGACAUCUGCCGUCUCAUACUCAAAGGCCUCUCCGCAGGCGGAGUGCACCUGAAGAACAUCGGACUCAUCUCGCCGUAUAAAGCUCAAGUAACUAGUCUGCGCUCAAUGGUGGCCGAAGAGUUCGGUGCAGAUAGUGAGUAUGUGGAGCCCCAUCCGGCUCGUCCACCAUCUGGUACUAAGCUUGCUUUCUUGUUUCUUCCGCGCUUUGUGGUGGCCAGAGUGGAUGUGCAUACAAUCGACAAGUAUCAGGGGCGAGAUAAGGACAUCAUCCUCUUCAGCAUGGUGCGCUCCAACCCCGACAACGACGUAGGUUGCGCAUACAUGUCCUGA